AUGGCGAACUCUUUCUUUCCCCUGCGACAAGUCGGCAAUCUAGACUUGCAGAAUCUGGGCGAGACUUUAUGGGACUGGAGGUUUUGCGGUAGUUGUGUUGACAAACCUUCUUGCACAGCAUCAGGAAGCUGCCCAUGGAGUCGUGCUGGUAGACUGAGUAGCUAUUGGGCGGCAUUCAAAGCUAUCACAAAAACGUACAUUCCCGACCAUGUUGGGGAUCCACCAGCGCUUAGGCACCACAAAGAUCUCCUGGAUCUGAUCAAGGUCAUAAAAGACCGCCCUAAGACCUCACGAAAGGAUUUGAUACUCGAGCAUUUCGGCAGACGGAUGAGCAUAGAGAAUGGACGGUGUACCCACGAUCAAAAUAAAGCUUUUGGUAUCGCUGCUAGUAUACUUCUCUGCAUGGCUUCUGCAGAUUCGCAUGAAAGGAUGAAUACGAUCGAAGCAGGCAUGCCGUUCCCUCCCUGGCGCGACACUCUUUCCAUCGAAACCUACAUGGACGAAACGUUCCCUCAAGAUCUAAAUGCUUAUUUCGAUUACAAUCGAUCGUACAGCGAGCGCGGAGUUGUUUUAGGGGCGUUGUCAGUUAGAAAUCUGCAGAGUGUCAGGAUAAACUUGGAAGCGACUUCAGACAUACGAUAUCAUCUGAUGUUCGACAACAGCACCAGAGUCCUGCAAGUUUUUCAUUGUACAUCAGUACUGCAAGAGAUCCUUUUAGCUUCCAAAGAGAACCCGGCUGCUUCGUAUUUACCACAGGCACUGAUACUCGAGUUGCUGGACACGAUGCAGCUUUUGUUUCCACCAAACCAAGAAACAUCCGAUCUGCGAGGUUCGCUCGUGAGAAGGCAAGGUUUCGACGCGGACCUUCUUUUCAAUGAGUCUGCCGGGUUUCGACGACACGACGACCUGAUGGAAGUCACGUACGCUUAUUUUGGCAAUCGGCUUGCGCGGUUGUAUGAUGAGCUGAAGGAUCCGAGCCCACGGAACUGGUUUGAGCGACUAUUCGAAGGCGGCACGAAGAGCGCAGAGAGGAAGAUGCUCAUGGCAACGACGAUUGGCGUAUUCAUUGCAGUAACCAUCGGACUGCUUGGUCUGGUGAUUGCCGGAUUCCAGGCUUGGGUGGGAUAUCAGCAGUGGAAGCACCCAGUAAAGGACCAAUGA